AUGGCCGAGAGCUCUGGUCCGGCGCUGUCCGCCCUGUGCGGCAUGUUCCCGUCCUGGGACGUCGAAGUGCUCGAGGAAUUGCUAGAGACGCAUCAGGGGAAUAUCGAGCGCACUGUGGACACUCUGCUGACCAUGGACGCAAUGCCCGGUACAGAAGGGACACAACCCCCUCAGCCUCCACCAGUUCACGACCAGAUAUCAGUGUUUCAAUCGCAUCGAGAGCGCCAUCCGCUGCCGUCUCCACCAUCUCCUAUCGCAAAUGAACAUCGUGGUCGGGUCCAGUUACCUGUAGAUUUCUUACAGCUGCCAUCGGACGACGACCGCGUCUUGUCCGAGCAGGAGGAGCGCGAUGCCGAUCUAGCACGUAUGCUGCAGGACCAGCUCUUCCGUAGCGAGGUUUUAUCCAGUAACGAGUUCUCAACGCACUUCCAGGAUGGCAGAGUGAUGGGGUCGUCGCGCUCGUAUCCACUUGACAAAUCACCGGUGGAGAUCGCCAGUCAGACGUACACGGCCAUGAGAGGGAAAAUCACGUCCUUGAGCGAAGCCAUGAAGGAAAAGAUGUACGAUAUGUACACGCGCUUCCAGAUACGCAACGGCACCGCUUCCAGCAGCGACCCCAAGAGCACAUACCCACUGAUGGCAAGCGACUCAGAAUCAAGCGAGAACGACGACCUGGACACAGAUUUGGCUGUACGAGACCACAGCACGCGCUCCCGUCACAGCCAAGAAUCUCCGAGGCGGCGGAGUUCCCGCGACACGACAGACAAGUUCAGCGCUGACACUGGUUCACACUGUAAGAAAGACGACUAG